AUGAGAUUAAUCAUUACCUUAUUAAUCAUUCUCCUCUUGACGGCAUGCUCCAUCCUUACCUGGUUAGCUUCCUUCAUUGGAUCUAUAACUGCCUUAGAAGAAUUAUCCCAGAAUCUUGUUUCUAGAGUUGGAGAGAAGGCCAUUACUUACAUUGAUAGUCAACUGGAUCCUGUUGUGAAACUUUCAUCAAGUUUUGCAGCUGACAUUACCAACGGAUCAAUUUCUCUUCAACCCUCCAUUAGCAACUUGUAUCAAAAAGCAACAAUCUACAAAGCAUCAAGUGUUGGUGUUUUCUAUUCACAAAGUUUGUACUCUGUUGUUUGGGCAGGUGUUUAUCCGAAUGAAGUAUUGACCUAUUCAGAGGCAAUUCCUGGUCUAGUUUAUUGGAAAUUGGAUGCUAGCAAUGGAAAUGUGGUCUCAGUGUUCAAAAAUACGUCUACUAUUCCUUUUUCAAUCACUUCUCAAGCGUUCUGGGCUGGAAGUUUUGCAUUAUUCAACUCAACUGGUGCUGAAACGAUUCUUGGAGCUCCGUAUGUGGUAAUCAAUUCAGGAGUAGUGAUUUAUUGUUCUACAAAGAUUUACGAUCCAGUAUUGAUGGUUCAAGGAACAAAAAAAGUUAUUGGAAUUGCAAAAGUCAACUUGACCUUAAAGACCGUUCAGGAUUUUUUACAGAAAUUGUCCGUGAUUGGAAAUGGAUACAUAAUAUUAUCAGAAACGAAUAACAAUGUGAUCGGAGCUUCUAUUAACUCAACUGCAACUGAUGGAGUGUCUAGAAUUUCCUUAUUUGACCUUACUGAUAAAAACGCUGGUCAACUGAUGACAGAUCUCAAAAAUCAAUAUGGAGAUAUGAGCAAAGUUCCAUCCUAUAGCCAAAUAACUAGUAAGGGAGUAGAAUAUUUCGUUUCCAAAAUGGACUACCAAUAUCUCAAUGUUCGUUGGAAUCUGUAUAUGGUAAUUUACAAAUCUGAUAUCCAAAGAGUUACCAAUAUUAAUACUGGUAUCUCAGUUGCUGUUGCAGUUGUAGUUAUUGGAGUGGGUAUCAUUUGUGGUGUCUUUAUUGGACAUAUUGUAACGAAACCUCUCAGAUUCCUUGAAGAUCAAUUUUCAAAAAUCAAAACUUUUGAUUUGAAUUCUUGUAAUUUCAUUUCAAGCCAAUUCAAAGAAGUUGAUAGAAUUUAUGAGCAUUUGUAUGAUAUGGUCACUUGGCUUAAUGAAUUCAAGUCCUUCCUCCCAGAGAGUGUCUUUAAUCAACUCAAACAUAUGGAACUAGUUGAAGAUUCGAAACAGCACUCAGCAACUAUUCGACAAAGCGUCCAUGAUUCACAAGCCAUGAUGUCCAGUGCUCAACUAUCUUCCAAGCAUUCUGGAAAAUCAAGUAAUCUCCAAUCUGGCUUGGGAGGAAUUACUUCUGGAGGUUUAUUUAAGGUUGGAUUAUCCACGAAUAAGGUAACAAUAGUCUGUGUUAAACUAUUUGGGUUUUCUAAUGAGAAUUCCAUGCAUGAUUUAUCGUUGCUAUUCUCAAAGAUUGCUUCCUGCCUUUCAAACUUGUCCAAAACUAUGCAAGUCACUGAUAUGAAGAUUAAUUCUGUCGAUGAAUUUCAAUUAUGUUUUACAAAUGACAAGAAGAAGAAAUCAGAAUUUUUGGCCUUAGAUGCAAGUUUGAAAAUUGCAAAGGCAUUGAAUAAUAUUACUGGAAAGUCGGGUCAGAAAAUUGAUUAUUCAAUUGGUGUUUGUUCUGAUUUGGCAAAUAUUGGAAAUUUGGGAACUAGUUCACUAAGAUAUUUUUCAAUUGUUGGUUCUGUGGUUGACAAUGCCAAGAUAAUUGCAUUAUUGGGACAUUCUAGUGCUAGCAGAGUUCUUGUGGAUGGAAAUACUCUGACUAAUGUCAAGGAACAAUUCGUAUACAAACCUGUGGAUCGAUUGGAAAUGGAACUACACUCUAAAAAGACAAUUUGUUCGAUUUUUGAAGUGAUUAGAGAGAAUGUUGUUAAUCAAGAUGAAUGGCUAUACGAAUUGGAUCAAUCGAAUAGUAAUAAUAAGUAUUUAGAGUUACAAUCUAUUUUCCAUCAACUAUUCGAAAGUUCAUCAUCCAUUUCAUUCGAAACUUUGAAUGAUUUCCGAUCUAAACUUUCCCAAUUCAUGAAUGAACAUCCACAAGAAAGUUCAAACAUGACCAAGACUUUAGAAUUCUUAGAAAUGGUUUUACAAUGCUCUUCAGAAUCUCAAUCCCAUGAAAUGCUAAAUAAUUACAAAACUGUUUUGGAGAAACAUUUGACCACUCUUUCUAAAUACACCUAUUCUGAUUCCGAUGUUAUUGUAACCAAAAUUAAAAUUGAUUAA